CCGCCGCGCGCCACUAUAAAACACCCGGCCGCCGCGCUCCGACGGUACAGUCACGUGCUCGAGACUCGCAACCAUGAAGCUGCUGCUGACGCUGAUGCUGGUGGCCGUGUGCCGGGCGGCGCCGCGGCCGGAGAAGCUGGACGGCCUGCAGCCGCUCCACCCGGACAGGGACGCGCGCAUCCUGGAGCAGCUCCACCAGGCCUCCGAGGACGGCGGCUACUCGCAGCAGUUCCGCACCGAGAACGGGAUCGCUCAGGAGGAGCGCGGCACCUCCUACCCCGGAGCCGAGCCCGAGACGGGCAGCUACGUCAAGGAGGGCACCAUCGAGUACCCGCUCGACGACGGCGCCGUCGUCACCAUCACCUACGUGGCCGACGAGAACGGCUUCGCCGUGCUGAACCCGGAGGCCCUGCAGGGUGUGCUGCCGACGCCGCCGCCGACCCAGUACCCGCCGCCGGUGGUGCCCGGCGCCGGCGCGCCCGUGCCGCAGCCGCUGCCCGAGUACAACCCGCAAACCCGCUUCCAGUAGACGUGUCCCGGUGCGCAGCGAACGCCGCUGCCCGACUCAUUUGUGCCAUGCCCCUCAGUCAAUAAACACGCGAGAAUGCU